GCCAUUGUGGCCCCGCCCGCGCGCGCUCACGCCGCCUCUCGCGAGGCCUCCCCCGCCGCCGCCGCUGCCGCUGCCGCCGCCGCCGCCCACGUCACGGCCCCAGCAGACGGGGACAACAUGGCGGAGCGGCGGCGGCACAGGAAGCGCGUACAGGAUGUUGGUGAGCCAUUCAAAGAGGAGAAAGCUGUUGCUAAAUACUUACGUUUCAACUGUCCAACAAAAUCCACCAACAUGAUGGGCCACCGUGUUGAUUAUUUUAUUGCAUCAAAAGCUGUGGAUUGCCUCCUGGAUUCCAAAUGGGCAAGGGCAAAGAAAGGAGAAGAGGCUUUAUUUACUACCCGAGAGUCCGUAGUUGAUUACUGCAACAGACUGCUGAAAAAACAGUUCUUUCAUCGGGCGUUGAAAGUGAUGAAAAUGAAACCUGACAAGGAUACAAAGAAAGAAAAGGAAAAAGGAAAGGCUGAGAGUGGGAAAGAGGAGGAGAAAAAGAGCAAGAAAGAAAGUGGCAAAGAUGAAAAAACUAAGAAGGAGAAAGAAAAGGAAAAGAAAAAGGAUGGUGACAAAGAGGAGUGUAAGAAGGAUGAGACCCCAGGAACACCCAAGAAAAAGGAAACUAAGAGGAAAUUUAAACUUGAGCCACAUGAAGACCAAGUUUUCUUGGAUGGCAAUGAGGUGUAUGUGUGGAUCUAUGACCCCGUUCACUUUAAAACUUUUGCCAUGGGACUUGUGCUUGUGAUUGCUGUGAUAGCUGCCACAUUGUUCCCGCUCUGGCCAGCAGAAAUGCGCGUUGGUGUUUAUUACCUCAGCGUGGGCGCCGGCUGUUUUGUCGCCAGUAUUCUCCUUCUUGCCGUUGCUCGCUGCAUCCUUUUCCUUAUCAUCUGGCUCAUCACUGGAGGAAGGCAUCACUUCUGGUUCCUACCGAAUCUUACAGCAGACGUGGGAUUCAUUGACUCCUUCCGGCCCCUGUACACACAUGAAUACAAAGGACCAAAAGCAGACUUAAAGAAAGAGGAAAAGUCAGAAUCCAAAAAGCAGCAAAAAUAUGACAGUGAGGAGAAAUCAGACAGUGAGAAGAAGGAGGAAGACAAUGGGAAAACAGAAGCAACAAGGAACUUGGGAACAGACGGCUCGGGAGGAGAGCGACAUUCAGACACUGACAGUGACAGGCGUGAAGACGACAGGUCCCAGCACAGUAGUGGAAAUGGAAACGACUUUGAAAUGAUCACAAAAGAGGAACUGGAACAGCAGACAGAUGAAGGGGAUUGUGAAGAGGAAGAGGAGGAGGAGGAUACCGAAAGUAGGCCUUCACAUGAAAAAUCAUAACUCACUGUGGUUUUGGGACUAAGUAUGUGCAAAUGGUUGGAUUUUCUUUGUUGGCUGAUCACCAAAACAUAGACCGUACAGUAGCAUCUUUGUUUGCUGAAAUACACACCUUACCAAACAGUUUUAUAUCUAGUUCCUUCAUUUUUUUAACCAUUAACUUGAUUACUUGGUACCAUGUUAAUCAUUAAUAUCCAUUGACAGAAGUUUUAUCAAUCUGACAAGUUUUCUAUUGAUUGAUAGAUUGCCCAGAUCGUCCUCAAACACACUGAGAAACAUCAUUUUCUGGUACUUGCAUAACUGGUCAAUUAGUUUAGCUUCUCAAACUUGCUUUUGUAAACCAGGUAAAAGUUGAAUGACCAAACCUCGGAUUAUUCCUAGUUAUACUCAUUUAUAGCUGGUUAGAUAAAGCCCUCCUUAGCCCACAACUUUCCUGAUAUCUUUCUUGAUUUUAUUUUCAAAAGAUUGUGAAGACUUUCCUAAGAAAACUAGUUUUAGCAGAAGCAUUUUGCUGAAAAUAUAAAAAGCUGGUAGUGCUGAAUGUGGCUGCAGCGUUCUCUUUCUCCAGACUGUGCCAGCAACUGAGGAAAUCCAAACUGGUUUUGUACAUCUGGUUCAGAGAAAGGUGUCAUCUCCAGCAGGUGAAGGAAGCAGCGCUAUUUGGAAAUCAGGGCUGUUUUCUUUCUCCUGCUCCAUCAUAAUUAAAAAAAAAAAAUGUAUUCUGUACAUAAUUUACAAAUAAAGCAAACCAUUUACUUUAACUGCUACUUAUUAUUUAGAGAUUUGAUCCAGCAUUUGGUUUGUAUUAUUAAAGCCAUUUUGUGGUGUAUCUAUCGGAGAAAUGCAAGUCAAGAGGACCUCACAGAAUAUUUGUGUAUGAUUGGUAGCUGUUCCACAAGAGCUUUAGUUUUGUGCCAACAUUCCAUGUAUUUGAGUAAAUUGAUCUUUAUUAAAUGAAAGCAAACAA